AUGUUAAUAAGGAUCGGCCCCAAUCAGUUUCUGGAGCAGCACCUUCUUGUUGUGGAGGACGUACAGCGGGGGUAUCCCACCUGCAAAUCCAUCCCGGCUCCAUUCAUGACUGAGGGACCUUCGAAACCAACUGACCCAGACUGGCCACCUUCCAAUGUCACCAACUCGACAGACUGCGGCGAGGAUAUCUUGCUGUACGGGGACACUGAGAAAGUCGUUAUCGGGACUGUCCUCUCGGUCAUCACCUUGUUGACCAUCGCCGGCAACAGCUUGGUCAUCAUUUCCGUCUGCAUAGUCAAGAAACUCCGCCAGCCCUCCAACUACCUGGUGGUCUCCUUGGCUGCUGCCGAUCUGUCGGUGGCUUUUGCAGUCAUGCCCUUUGUGAUCAUCACGGACCUGGUGGGAGGGGAAUGGCUCUUUGGAGAAGUCUUCUGCAACGUGUUCAUUGCCAUGGAUGUCAUGUGCUGCACCGCGUCCAUUAUGACGCUCUGUGUCAUCAGUGUGGACAGGUACCUGGGAAUUACCCGGCCUUUGACGUACCCCGUAAGACAAGAUGGGAAGCUAAUGGCCAAGAUGGUUUUCAUUGUCUGGCUUCUGUCUGCCUCCAUCACUCUCCCUCCUCUGUUUGGCUGGGCUAAGAACAUCACCGUGGAGAGGGUCUGCCUCAUCAGCCAGGACUUUGGUUACACCGUCUAUUCCACCGGCGUCGCCUUCUACAUCCCUAUGACGGUCAUGCUAGUGAUGUACAACAGGAUCUACAAGGCGGCCAAAGCGAGUGCUGAGAAGCAUCGGUUCAUGGACCUCCCCAGGCAGCAUGACCAAGACGGGGCUUACUGCAUCGAGGUGGGCGUCCGGGGCCAGCACAGCGCCAAGCGGGACAAGGCGGUGGAGGAGUGUGCUACCUUGUCCAAACUUCUCCGCCACGACCGCAAGAACAUUUCCAUCUUCAAGAAGGAGCAGAAAGCAGCCAGGACUCUAGGCAUCAUUGUCGGGGCCUUUACCUUUUGUUGGCUUCCCUUCUUCUUGAUGUCCACCGCCAGACCUUUCAUCUGUGGCAGUCAGUGCAGCUGUAUGCCGCUGAGGCUGGAGAGGACCCUCCUUUGGCUGGGCUACACCAACUCUCUUAUCAACCCCUUGAUCUACGCACUCUUCAACCGAGACCUGAGGACUACUUUCUGGAGCCUGCUGAGGUGCAACUACCGCAACAUCAACAGGAGGCUGUCUGCUGCAAGCAUGCACGAGGCCUUGAAAGCCACAGAGAAGCAUGAGUGCAUACUUUAA